GGGCGAGGCCUCAACCGCCACGAUUGCAGGAACAGGUGCAGUCGAGAGUAGGGAGCUAUUUUCACCGCCCUCGCGUGUGACAACAUGCUUUGUUUUGUUAUUAAAUUGACUAUAACAACAAUUUACUUGAACUAUUAGUUGUUGAGCAAGCGGCGUUGUCGCAAGUUGCGUUUUGGGAGCUUUUGCUCGGACUGGCCGAGAAACUCGAGUCACCUGCUUAUUAAGGAGUGAUGGGAGAAGUUUUUUAAGCAGCUGCGCUUUCGGCGGCUCCGUUUGCGGAACAAGGAUGGAACUUCAUCGGCGAAAUGUAAACUUUUGGCCGCUGCUUUUCGUCUUUUUUGCGGCGAGCUCCCAGGCGGUCUUCAUCGAGCCCCGCCAGGCUUUCACAUCACAGCGUUCGUUAGCCGAGAGCGCCACCCGGCUGCCAUGUCGCUACCAGGGCCAAGUGGGCGAGACAGUGGUCCAGGUCACGUGGUACAAAGAGUUGAGUGACGGAACUAAGGACCAAAUUAUCACCGCCCAUUUCUCCGACGGACAAACAGAGUUCAGAGGCUAUGUUGGUCGAAUGAGGUUCGAGAGCGACGACCCUAUCGCCAAUUCGGCACUGCUCAUCCCCAACACGGAUGAGUCCGAUGACGGCAUGUACGCCUGCCACAUCUCCACCUUCCCCAACGGAAACUUCGAGAGGCGCAUCCGGCUCACUGUGUGGGUCCUCCCCAUCUCUUCGCUGGAGCCGGUGAUGCUGGUGGAGGGCCAGUCGUUCCGCGUGGCCGCCUCAUGUCGCGCCGUGGGCCGACCGCUGCCUAUCCUCUCCUGGGACACCACCGUGCCGGGCAAGUCGCAGAACCGCACCAGCGAUGCGGGCUCUGUCUCUAGCUACUUCUCGUUGCACCCGCUACGCAGCAUGAACGGCAAACGGCUGGAUUGCUUGGUGCGCCACCCCGCCCUGGAACGCCCACGGAGGAUCGUCAACCAGCUGGUUGUGCACUAUCCUCCGGAUGCCACCAUAACCGCCACAACAGACAACUGGUUCGUAGGUCUGGACCAUGCGGCGCUCAUCUGCCAAACCAGCGGCUUCCCCGUGCCUGAAGACAUCAUAUGGACAUGGAAGGGCGGAGCUCUGCCGGACGGUGCCGCCGCUUCAGGAGGACGUCUGACGUUUGGCCGAGGCUUACGUUUGAACGACAGCGGCCUGUACCAAUGUGCAGUGAGCAAUGGAGUGGGCAUGGCCAAAGCAGACUACAUGAUGACUGUGACAGUCGUCAACACAUCACCACAAUGUGUGUUAGCCGCUUUUCUCGCAGAGAAAUCUCAGCAAAAGGAGGUGUUGCCAUCUGAUUCGUCCACACUGAUCAUUGUCGGCGCCUCGGCCGGUGCCGCCGUUCUGGUAAUGGCUGUCAUGGUAGCGGUGCUUGUGCGCCACCACCGGCGCCGCAGCAGAAAACUGAAGAGGCAGCUCAGUGUCAAAACGGAAGAAGUCAACACUUUGUCUCGCCAGGCUUCUUUCAAGAGGCUCAACUCUAUUGGCUCUGACCCACGUUCGCAGUCUGAAGAAUAUGCUCUGCUCAGAACUGACAGCCGCAUGAAAAACAGCCAAGUGUCUCUGGAACGGCCCAUCUACAGAGACAGCCAGUCCACUCUAGGCGGAAGGUGGGCACCCUUGGGGGUGUCUGAGGCGGAUGGCCGCCCAAGCGUCUGGCAGGAUGAAAGCGAUGACAUCAGGGUGGCGGUGUCAGACGCAGAAAGGGACGACCCCAGAAGGAGGGCCAACUCAUACCAGAAGAGCAGCAACAUGUCGCUGGUACUGGAUUCCGGUCUUCCAUCCUCUCUGCUUCCGUUAAAAGUUCAGACGGACGAUGCCUCGGUACCGACACCUCCGUCGGACGUGUGCGAGAGCGUGUCCCCGUCGGAAGAGAACUGGUGUCCUCCUCCACCACCGCCACUGUCGGAACCCUGUGCCAACGGGCCAGAGGAUGGGGAGGACGGUGGCGGCGAACCGUAUCAGCUGUCCCAAGCGCUGACCAAUCACUUCUACUACAGCAACGGUGUCCUCCGACCACGGCCACACGCCAACGCCAUCUUGAUGCACCCUAGCGGUCAGGUCAUAUAGUGCCCAUCAUCAUGGGUCUUCUAAUACCUGGUAAAGAAUUGGAUCAACAAGACACUAAUAUUGUGUAAAUUUAGUUCUAGUGUUAUGUAUAAGGACAAGAAGAGCAAAAAAUAUUACCAUUAGUACUUUCGAGAUGUUUGGAAAACUACUGUGACAGUGCCACAUCCACAACAGGAACUACGGACUUUUGAGGGAACUUUUCUCUGAAUUAAAUCAGAAAAUCUGAAAAAGGAGGGCUAGAACUUUUGAGGUGCAGAAACCUUUUUUAAUUGCAGUACCUCGAUAACCUUUCCCCUGAAACGCUGAUCUUUUGGAGAGCCAAUGGGUGCAAUGUACAGUCCCAGUUUUUUUUUUUUUUUUUUUUUGUCAGGCUUCGGAAAGAGCCCCGCUAAGUAUGGUUAUGCUUUCAAGGGAUCCAGAAGCCCAUGGAAAAUUGCCAAAUGCCAUCUUGCCAACCAAACAAACUUUUGGAGAGCCAUUGGGUGUUCACACUGCAGGAAUUGAUGUCUACAUUUAGUUCUAGGGUAAAUCACUAAGGAUAAAACUGGAAUAUGGAACCCUUUAGUCCCAGGACCUAGCACUACUACCAAGAUUUAAAGGUUGCAAAAACUGGUACGGUAACUAUUGCUUUCAACACAACAGGAUGGGAGAAGUGAGGGACAGGCGUUAAAUGUUACUUUUUAACCCCACAAGCAGUGUCUGUUCUGUUCACUUAUGUAUUGCUAUCCAAACUUGGAUAAUUCCACUUUUAGUGUUUACACCAGAAACAAUCAGGAUUAAUGUCAUUUCUGAGCUACAUGUAUUAUAUACAUAUGGUGGGAGGUUGAAAUGCACGAGGCCAAUCCUCUUUUUUAUAGUGACAAAAAUGAGUUGAGUGGAUUGUUUCGUGCCAUUAGCAGUAAGCAUUGCAUAAUCUUUUUUUUCCCUAAACAUUUUUGUCGUGUAACAUUUUGUAUAGAGAAAAUGUUUCAGGGAACAUUUGACUCAAUGCUAUGAUGUUUUGUUUCAAACUACGCUAUGAUAAUGCCUGUCUCAGGGUAGCGUAAAAUUUUGGUUCGAAGCUGAAAUUUCUCGUGGGCCAUUUACAGGGGUUCUUUACAGGCUAAUUCCUGUAUAUUGAACAUAGGGGAUGCUUCAAAGCACGGCAGUGAAAAAGGAACUACUGUGUUUUCCAGACUUGAAUUCAUUCUCACCACGCUUGUAACUCAAAGAUCGGUUUUCGUCAUUGAAUCCAUUUUCAUAACGCCAAAUAAACGACUUGUUUGUUACAUGUUUUUAUUGAAGAAAAACACUUAGAAAAUAUAAAUAAUGUAACGGAUUUGUUUAAUGUGUAACUAAGCUGAAUAUCAUGCUCAUACAGUGUAGUGCAUUCAAGUGUCCAAGCUGCACACCAGCAAUGGUCUUUUAGGGGUUACCUUCCAAAAUCUACUGCGGCACACUUAUGCACAAGCAGUUACUAAUCAGCACAUUCAAUCUCUAGCCGUAUGAACAGACCGCCGUCACUCUUGUGAAUCAGAGUAUAGACAGACACCAGAAGAAACAAAAAGAAAACAGGACAUGGUGGCACACACACCUAGCUGGAGAGAGCUCAGGUGACAUUGCCGCAGCAGCUCAAGGCAACAUGUAAUUUCUUGGGAGCCACAGAAAUGGUUAAUUUAUGGCCCCACCCACAAAAAAUGGAUGAGUUGACAUUUCUAAAGAAAUGCAAAAGUUGUAGUUUUACCUGGAAGUCAGGAUGUGUACUUGGUAGCAUAACUUUAAAAAAAACAAUAAAUAAAUUGUGACUCUGUGGCCAUACAUGACAAAUUCUAGAAUAAAAUGUACCCUUCUACAGUCUGGCCCCAUUGGUCCAUUAAGCAUUUUAAAGGGGAAGUUCAGAAUUUUUGAUAUCAGGUUUUAUCUUCGAGUUAGCAAGGGUUUAAUUGGUCGGUGGAGUUGGCACGAGUCAACUGGGCUGAUUUAGCAUGCCAAUAAAAAACAACAUGCACACAUAAAAAUCAUCAAUGACCCAUGCAAUCAAUCGUGUUGGCGGUGUUUUCUGGAUUAAAAUUUACCAUUGCAUGUCAAUAAAUGCACUAUGAACUGCAACAUUCGUAAUCCAGAAGCUCUGCAGAGGAGCAAGGUGAAGUGAUAUCAGUUUGUUUUCACCGCUGA